AUGGAGAAGAUGAUAACUAAUCAGCAGACGAAGAAGAUAUCAGAUAAAUUAUGGUUAAGGUUUAUCCAGGCACAUACUGGUCAUUUUCUAAAUCGAUUUAUAAAAGUCGCAUGUCGUCUCCAUUGGGCUACCCAACACCGUCCUCCUCCUAUUUUGCCCCUCCGCCAACGACACCCACCUCCACCGCCGCUCUCCAUCAGCAUCCCCCUUGAAAAAGCCCUUAAUGCCACCGCCUUAUACACCGUCGCUAUGCAACGACGUUUGUGUAUCCUUAUGGGGAAGAAGUGUAUACUUAAGCGCUUCAGUUGCAGAGUGGUCUGACUGUUGACUGAUGACCCCUGUUGAGGGAUAACAUACUGUGUUUCAAACCAUAUGCACCUUACCAAAUGCUUAUCAUCAGGGAUAUUUGAACAACAACCAAAACUUUCAUUAUGGAUAUUACAUUUCAUUUGAAGGAUGUUGACCAAUGUUUACUAUGCCUACAGCAACACCAUUUAGUUGAUGGUGCUGAUGAGUUUCUCAACUCUGAAAAUGAUAAGAAUGAUUAUUAUUGGUAAUAUUCGUAUUACAUGGUAUAAAUUUGGAUAAAGAUGAUAU